AUGGACAGAAUGAAUGAGACAAACGAAUCAAUUAUUUUGAGCACAAAUAUCUCUACUAUUGAGGAAUGCAUCAAAGAGACGACCACUUCAUUGAUCCAACACUUGGUAUCACUCGUCCGUAUGGAACAAACCCAGUCCGAUGACCACCAGAAUGAGGCCACCAAAUAUGAAGUUACAUUUAUCCCAGUAAUAGUGAUGCUAUUGAUUAUUGAACAAAUCAUUCGUUUGGUUCAACGCAAGGAUUUGUGUCGAUUCCAAGACUUUAUCAUCAAUUUGGGCGCAUCUCUCAUAUUUGUCUUAAGCCGAUCUUUUAUAAUAAGUGGAAUCGUAUUCACGUUAUUCUAUAUCUAUGAUAAUUAUCAUAUCAUUGAAUUGCCGAUCGACUCAAUAUGGACUUGGAUUCUGACCUUACUUUUGGGUGAACUUUCACUUUAUUGGACGCACCGAGCAAUGCAUGAAAUGAACAUCUUAUGGGCCGGACAUUACUUCCACCACAUGACUGAAGAUCUUAAUUUCUCAGCAACUAUUAGAGCAACUAUUUUUGACCUCUUUUUAUACGAUAUAUUCCCGAUCCCUUUGGCGCUGAUAAUACCGCCACAACUGCUCGUAUAUCACAUCCAACUGAGCUUUUUAUAUCAAAUUUGGUUACACAAUGAAAUAGUGGGUGACUUAGGAUUCAUUGAAUACAUAAUCAAUACCCCGCGUCAGCAUAGAGUACAUCACGGAAAGAACCGGUACUGUAUUGACAAGAAUUAUGGCACUACUAUCAUGUUAUGGGACCGCCUUUUCGGGACCUAUCAGUCAUACGAGGAAAGCCCUGUCUUAGGACUGGUCUCGGCAACGCCCAAGACAUACGAUUCAUUGACUCUACAAUUUGGUUAUUAUUGGCAAAUGGUCGUCAAAUUCUGUAAUUAUAAGGGUGUGUCCAAUAAGUGGUCAGUUAUAUGGAAAGGACCUGGAUGGGCACCGGGCAAACCUCGGCUCGGCCUACUAGAAGAUGCACCCAUUUUGGAGCCAAAUGCAGCCAAAUAUGGUUACGACCCCCAUAUCCCUCACUGGAAAAAGUUUUAUACAUUGAUUCACAUCUCGAUUCUUAUGUUGGCUUUCAUGCAAUUAGCGGAUCACUCGACUAUUAAAUACACCUCAUAUACAGUGAUCAUAGGAAUUGUGUACAUAAUUCUGUUCCUCACAUCAAUCGGUGCUCUAUUUGACAACCGAAAAUUGGGACAAUAUUUGGAGGCGUUUCGCUGUUUCUUAUAUUUUGGGGUCGAAUACUAUUUUAUGGACCAAACUAUGACAACAACCGACAAACAGGUGUCCCAACAGACCAAACAAGUGGAAGAAUGCGUUCAGUCUGUCAAACACUUGGACCCCCUAUUCGAGAGGUCGAGACAACUGAACGGUGUUAAUGAGGGCUCCGAUACCGUUAGUGACGGACACGAACUGAUCUUUGAUGACCAAAACCACAUAAUAGUCACCAUAAACGACGAUAUAAUGAGAAUGAAUGGCAACUUCUCGGAGCUCUUGGACUGGACGACGUCGCGGACCAAAGCCAACGGCGCCGCGCAGAACACCAGCGAUGAGAUACAGGCCAAGAGUCCGGCCAAAUACGUGGGAUCCGAUCGCGACUCCACCACCAUAUACGCCAACACCAGCAGUGAUAAUAAGAAACCAAUUUGUUUGUUGAGUUGA